AUGAUGCUCACACAUGGCUCGCUGCCGCUAAUUGCGACACUUAGCGGUGUUUCGCUUCAUAACCUCUUGUACAGGUUUGGGGAAUGGGACACAACUUCUAUGCUGCUUGUGCAGAUUUAUACCUUCAUCAUUAUGGGCGGCAAUCUGGCACUUUACUUUGGCCUAUUGAAUUGGGCUGGACUAUGGCUGUCACCGGCAGCUUUCUCGAGUUUGUGUGGCUACCAUCUCUUCGGCGUCUACUGUAGCAUGCUCGUUCAUCGAUUAUUAUUCCACAGGCUCCGCAAGUUUCCUGGCCCAUUCUUUGGCCGCCUGACAAAUUUCUAUACCACAACAUUAUCCCUAAAUCUACAAAAACCUAUAGAAGUUCAAAAGCUUCAUCACAAGUAUGGCGACUAUGUCCGACUAGGCCCUUGCGAGCUAUCCAUUGCGGAUCCACAGGCAGUAAAAGCGAUAUAUGGGAGCCAGUCUCCUGUGACUAAAGGUCCAUGGUACACAUUACUAGAACCACGCGUGCCUCUCUUCAUGGAGAGAGACAAGCAAGAGCAUGCACGCCGGCGAAAAGUUUGGGACCAGGGGUUUAGCACUAAAGCACUCCACGAUUACGAGCCUAGAGUCUCAAAACACGUCGGGCAGCUUCUCCAAGUAAUUCAGAGAAAUGCGGAAAAGCCAAUAAAUAUCACCCAGUGGUUCAACUAUUUUUCCUUCGACGUCAUGACCGAUCUUGCCUUCGGCAAAACUUCUAACAUGCUGAUCGACGGGAAAGAAUCCUACAUUUUACAGACCAUCCGCACAGACAUGGCCAGGGUAGCUUAUUUCAGCCACUUGGCUUGGCUUUUCCCUUUUACCAAGAGAGUACCAUUAUUGAACAGCAACUUCCUCCGCUUUUGGAAAUGGAUAGCUGACCAGAUCUCCGAGAGAGCCAAGUGCGAACCCGAGCGGCCUGACGUGUUUUCUUGGAUCCUUGAUGCUUAUCGCCAGGGACCACAGUCGCAACAAGACACCCUGAAUCUGCACGGAGAUGCUCACCUUAUAGUAGUGGCUGGAAGUGACACAGUAGCUUCAUCGCUCAGCAACGUGUUCUGCCAUCUUGCUUGUAACCCAUCCAUCACUAGAGAGCUUCAAUCUCGACUAGACGCACUCCCAGAUCUAGAGUCUGACCGGCUGGCCCAAAUUGACUUGCUUGACGCUAUUCUCAACGAAACAUGGCGGCUCCAGUCUCCCAACCCGUCUGGCCUGCAACGUGUCACGCCGCCAGAAGGCCUGAAGAUUGGCGAUAAGUUCAUACCCGGGAAUGUUGUUAUACAGGUCCCGACGUACACUGUCUAUCGAGACAGCCGCGCAUUCGAGCGCCCGGACGAAUUCAUUCCCGAACGAUGGACAACUCGUCCUGAGCUUGUGAAGGAUCGUUCUGCUUUUAUUCCGUUCAGCUCAGGACCCUACGCAUGUGUCGGGAAACGACUCGCCUUGAUGGAACUGCGACGUGUCGUCGCCAUGAUACUCCAUAGUUAUGAUGUUGCUUUAGCACCAGGGCAGUCGGCCAAAACCUUCUGGGAGGGCCAGCUGGAUACUUUUACGCUGGUGGCACCUUCGUUGAAGCUGAUAUUCACGAAGAGGAAUCCGGGUUCCAUCAGCUAG